AUGAACUACAAAAAUUUCCCAAAAAUUUUUCCUGAGGUUGAAUUUAACGUCACCUCUAGCGGGAUCACCAUUUCCAGUCCCCGAUUUAAUACACCUCGUUUUAUUCCCUAUGACCAAGUUGGGAAGUGUCGUUCAUGUAAAAGUACAGAGGUUGAACUAGAUUUUAUAAUAGUCAAAGAAGGAGUGGUGAUUUAUUGCUCGCGAUUUGAAGGAAGUCGUUUUGCUCCAUUUGAUACAUUCUUCGAUUUACCUGGACAUUGUUUUUUCAAAGUAAAAAACAAAGGACGAGUCUUUAAUGUACCCUACAAUGCUACUACACAAACUGUGGUUCCCUGCCCUAAGGCCGAGCCUGCUACACCACAACCAACCCAAAUCCCCAACACAAUACCAGAGGAGACAUCUCAACACACAGAUUCACUUCCAUCAAAAGAGGAUAUAGACGAAUUCUUCCAAAGCUUAAAUGCUUCAGUAACGGGAAUACCAACGGAUUGAAAAGAUAUUUAAAUGAUUUUUCUAUGUAUUUUUUGUAUUCAUUAUGGAUUUAUUUUCUAAUAAAGAAUUAAAAUUUAAACUUCCUUUUGGAAUGAUUUUAGCUGGUCCUAGUUCCAGCGGCAAAAGUACAUUUCUUUUAAAAUUCAUUGCAGGCUCUAGUGGACUUAUCGAUCCCAGUCCAAAAUCAAUACUCUAUUGUUUUGGUGAAAUGAACAAUAUUGUACCCCUUUUACAAAAAUCAGGAGUCGAUGUAUUUGCAGGCGUCCCAUCAGAGGAGGUGAUUAAAAAAUAUCCAAAGCCUCUACUACUGAUUCUAGACGAUUUACUCCUAUCUAUUAACGAAAAAUAUUUAUCAGAAUUAUUUACCAAAAAAUCCCAUCACCAAAAUUUCUC